GACAAAGCAGGGCCUUUAACUAGAUGGGAACUAGCUGUUAAAUGGCAGAUCUGCCAGGAGCGUUUUGAAGGUGUAUUUUUCAGUAGUGAGUAUAUUAUCAUGUUUAUAUGGAUUUAUGGGACAGCACUCUUUUAUUCUAUCAUGUUUGCUGAUGAUUUAAUUUUAUUUUUAUAUAGCUUAUAUAAAUAGAACAUGCAAGCAUAUAUGUAGGUAGCCUUUCCUUAUCAAUAUAUCUGCACAACAAUGUUAAUUACUUGUUUUAAUCCUAAUACAGUACUGAAAGCUUUGUGGCAUGCAUCAAAAAGAGAACUCAAUGUUGCCCUUAUAAAUCUCAAACGUGUUAAUUGUCACGUCAAAAUUUUGCUUUUAGAAUAUUGCUCAAUUUAUGUUCAGUGUCAUUACUGUCGAUAUUUCAUAAUAUGCGUUUUGCUACUCGUUAUUUAAAAUGUUGCACUUUGUCAGAAGUUUCGCUUUCACAAUGUCACACUAUUUAUGGCACGCAUCAAAUAUUGUCUAUUUAAAUUGUUGCGUCAUUAUAUGACACAUAUCUUCUGCCUAAUUUUAUUUAUAUCACUGCCACUUGUUUAUCAUAAAUUAUAAUUCUGCAAAUUUAUAACACACUGGCACCUGCUUUCUUUUUAUGGGGAGGUCCUCUAUUAACUUUUUUUUUCCUGCAUCCACACUAGAUGUGUGUGUCUCUUUAUCACGUUUUCUUCCCUAAACCGUAUACAUAGCUGCAUCACUGUAGACACAUUAAACUCUUGCGUCAGUCACACGUCUAUUAGUAUUCUCUAAAAAACUUGCACUGACGAUCAAAGGUAAAGUACAACCUCCACUCCAUGUCAUGACGCCAUUUUUGCUCAAACUCUCCAACAAUGAGCAAUAGCCCCCAAUUUACAUAAGCGAGAGCGUGCGACAUUUUUAGAAAUGAUGGACAAGCACCUGCCAGACAGGCUACGUGGCAUAUAUGACCCUGUCUACAUGCACAAGAUUUUGAAGGAAGAUGACAAGGUGAGUGAUUAUCUUUAUUUAUAUUUGGAUACACCUAGAUUUCAGUAUUAUACAUCUUCCCCUUAUUAUGUCACCAUAUCCAUAUUUGUACCUUUUUUUUUUUUUCUAUUAUUAAUGUAGGUGUUACUUACCUUUUUAUAUUUGCAUUUUUUUAUAUUUGAAUAUUAUAAAUUUCCAUGUUACUAUUUUACCAUAUCUGCUGUAAAAUGUGACAGAAUAAUCCUUUUUUUUCUCCAGGAUGAUGGAUUUCGGCAUAAUCGCUGAAUCCUUUUACUUAAACGCCAUGAGCAAGGACUCGUGGCCAAUAUUAGGAGUUGUGAAUAUCUUUUUGUUAAUCAUUUUUAUUUAUAAAAUUUUUUCGAUUAUAGCCAACUGCAAUUAAUGUUCCAUGCUUAUUCAUGCUGACCCACAUACUCAUACAAUACUGCACUGUGUUCCCUGUAGAAAUCUUCACUGUAAACAUUUCUCCUGCCAAGGUCCUCUAAUUCCUUAUACUAGAGCUGAUGGAGGGCCAUGCACACUGGAUUAGAGCUCUCUCCAUACAUUCUCAGCUGCAGACCCUGGCUUGUUUUACAUUGUGCUCCAGCAGGGCUGCCAUCAGAAUUUUGGGGCCCCUGACACAGCUCAAGGUCUGGGCCCCCCGGUGCCUGCACCCGAGUCCGCCCAAAGUGCUGCCCCCCCCUCCCCCCCCUCGAGUCUGCCCACAGGGAUGCAGUGUCUGCAGGGCCGGUGCAAGGAUUUUUGCCGCCCUAGGCAAAAGUAAAGUUUGCCGCCCCACCCAUAUGAUCUGCCAUGUUAAAGGACCACUCUAGGCACCCAGACCACUUCAGCUUAAUGAAGUGGUCUGGGUGCCAGGUCCAGCUAGGGUUAACCCAUUUUUUCUAUAAACAUAGCAGUUUCAGAGAAACUGCUAUGUUUAUGAAUGGGUUAAGCCUUCCCCCUAAUCCUCUAGUGGCUGUCUCGUGACAGCUAGAGCAUGCGUGAUUCUCACUGUAGAAAAUCACGAAAGUGAGGAACACACCAGAAUCCAUAGGAGAAUUUAGAUGCUUUCUAUGAGACACGUCUGUGGCGCGGCUCUUGCAGCGUGUGCAUUCAACCCGAAUGGGAGGAGGAGGGAGGACAGGGUAGGAGGCUCACGCCAGCUGGAAAAGGUAAGUUUAACCCCUUUCCUCUCCCCAGAGCCGAGGUAGGGAGAAAGACUGAAGGUGGGGCACCCCUCAGGGCACUAUAGUGCCAGGAAAGCGAGAAUAUGUUUUUUCCUGGCACUAUAGUGAUCCUUUAACUAACACUAAUUCUUCCACCAGUGCCUUAGGUAUUUUACAAUAAAAGGCCUGCAGGGACAGGCUAUAGACACCAGAACCACUACAUUAAGCUGCAGUGGUUCUGGGGACUAUAGUGUCCCUUUAAUGUGGGGUAAAUUAGAGAUUAGUGCCACGAAUAAUAUACUAGAUUGCCUACUUACAACCAGAUGAGGAUGAUGAUGGGCUCUAGCUGCUGUCUGGCUCCACUGGUCUGGUGUACAAAAGGCUCUCUGGAGGCGGUUUGUAACUGUGGUCACAAAAAUCACUGUUCUGGGAGAACAGGAAGCAGCUCCAUUUUUUUGAGGGCCCUUUACACAGCUCAAUGUCUGGAUCCCAGGGUCCACCUUCAUGUUCCACCAAUGAGUUUGUUCACAGGGAGUGGAGUUGUGUGUGGGGGGAUGUCCUGAUGUGUAAGGAAUGCAUUGUGGUGUGUUUGUAUGUGUAAGGGCUGCAAGGUGGAGUUUGUGUAUGUAUGGGAUGCAGUGUGUGUCGUCUAUGGGGAUGCAUUGUGUUUUGCUGUGUGUGUAGGGAUGCAUUGCUUGUGUAUGUGUGUCUGUGUGUAUUGCAUUGUGUUUUCUGCUGUGUGCAGGGGUGCAUUGUGUGUGUGUGUGUGUGUGUGAUGGAUGUCAAUCUCUCCCCCUGUCAAUUUCCUUCUUCUCCCCUCCUCCCAAGUCAAUUUCCUUCUUCUCCCCUGAUUCCUUCUUCUCCCCUCCCUCAAUUUCUAUUUUCUUCUCCUCUCCAACUUCCUUCUUCUCCCCCCUCCUCUCAAAAUUUCCUUCCUCUCCCCCCUCCCUCAAAUGUCCUUCUCUCCCCCCUCCCCUCAAAUGUCCUUCCCUCUCCUCAAAUGUCCUUCCUCUCCCCCCUCAAAUGUCCUUCACUCUCCCCUCGAUGUCAGCCCCCUCCCCCCUCAAAUGUCCUUCUUUUCCCCCCUCAAAUUUCUUUCCUUGAGGGGAUUCCCUGGGGUCCAGUGGUGACACCCGGCGGCUGUUCCUGCGCGCGCGCGCGAGGGAGCACUGUCCCUGGCUGAGUGCUUCCUCUUCAGCUCCCUCGCGCGCCGCGUACUGAAGCUGGUGCCGGAAGAUGACGUCAUCUUCCGGCUCCGGCAUCAGUGCGGUGCACGAGGGAGCUGAAGAGGAAACACUCAGCCAGGGACAGUGCUCCCUCGCGCGCCCGCCCGGUGUCAGCAGGGCCAGCCUCUGGGGGGCCCUGAGGUGACCGGCUGUUGGGCCCCCAAGGAGAAGAGGUUGGCCCAGUGGGUACAUACUGGGGUCGCAGGGCCCCCUGCGACCCGGUAUGUUGUACACCACUGAAUGUGGGGCCCGGACGACCUGAGCAGUCCGGGCCCCCCAGGACCGCCGGGCCCAUGACAACCGUUACGAUUGUCAUGCCCUGAAUGCGGCCCUGUGCUCCAGUAAAAGGCAUUAGUGGAGACAACCUCCCGACUCUGAGUUUAACAGCCUGGCAAGUGACUUUUAUAAAAGUGCAGAUUUUUAUUUGUGGAGUAGUAUGUUUGGCUAGGGGGCUGAGAUUUCUGUGUAAGGGCUAUAGAGGUCUAUUUGUAUCUAGGCCAGGGGUAAGCAACCUAUGGCACUCAAGUCUGCCAGAGCCAAACAGGCUCUGGCCUAUUAAGAGUCCAAGUGGACUUCAAAUAUCUGCUAGUGCAACCUCAGCAGAGGUUGCAGGUGGUGAGGGACAAUCCUCAAUUUACACAAAGAGGAAUCCACACUGAAGUAGAGCAGACCAUAGCAGCUAUCACAGCUUCUGUCCUUAACCUUUACCUUGCCAGCCCGGUUUCCACUGGACCCUAGCCACCGACACUGCUAUAUAUACACAGCUAUAUAUAGACGAAGCCUUCCCAUAAUUCCUUCUGUACUCUUUACUCUCUUGUUCCCCAAUUUCUAAUCUUCUCCUCUAUCUGCUGCAGUGCUUCCCCCUCUUCCCAGUAAGUAGAAUACAUACGUAUAUAUUUACGUUAUAAAAAUUGAUACAUUGCAGAAUUUUACAAUCAAAGUCAAGCACUAUUUUUUUUCUGUGUGCAGCCCAAUAACACCUAAUGGCAAAUGUUGUUGAGAGAAACAAGAAGAUUCAGAAAACUGUGGAAACUAUAAACCAUGUCAUGGAGGAGUUUCAAAAAUUCAAGCAAGUUUUUUUUUUUUUUUUUUUUAAAGCUUUCCUAUUUUUGUCUAUAGGUGCUUGUUUGUACCAUUUUGGUGUUGGGCCAUACCAUCAGUAGCUCUCUGCAUUUCUUACUGAAAAUGUUCUGCCUAUGGACAGAGUCAGCUUGAUCAUGGACUCAAACUAUUACAACCUUGCACUGUGUAUUAUAAUUAAUAAAUGUAUUAUUGUUUAUACAACUUAUAGGUCUAACUAUUUUUUUUCUAUAUAGUUGUCCCACUAUAUAGUUGUUCAGUGUUUGUGCUUGGUAUAUGGUUGUAUGUGCAGUGUCAGUGCAUGUCUGUAACGGCAUUAAAAGAUUGGUACAGGUAGACUCUGUUGAGAGAUAGAUGAGAGAAAGAUUAACAUUGGGUAUGACUACUAAAUGCAACCUGCAAUUGUCUCUCUUGCUCUAAAACAGAUUUCUAGAAACUCUGGCCCUCCAGAUAUUGCUGAACUCCCAUGAUUCUCUGGCUAUCUGUUUCAUUCAAAGUAUCAUGGGAGUUCUAGUUCGGUAGCAUCUGGAGGGCCAGAGUUUAGAGAACAGAGUUCUCUAAUCUCUGGCCCUCCAGAUGCUACCUGCUUGGAAUAACCCUUUAAAUGUAUGUCCCAUUCGCAAACCGAUGACUGCAGUUUGUUACACCAACAGUGGAAGUAGGUGGAAGCCUAUGUCCUGCCAGUUUUUACUGUAAAUACACCAGGAAUCCUCUUAACUUCCAUGCCAACCUUGUUGGGUGUGUGGUUGCUCUCUUCAGGCUCCUUGUGCCAACACCAUCCAAAGAAUGUAAUAUAUUGUGUACUCCCAAUUUUCUCUUGCUGGAAGGUGUACUUGUUUCAUACUAGAAGUUCAGUACUUUUGCUGAUCUUAAUAAAUUCCAUCCUGGAUCAGUAGUGUAGUCCUCAUAGGAAAUGAUAUAUUUGUGUUAGCUUGCCAUAUAUAUAUAUAUAUAUAUAUAUAUAUAUAUAUAUAUAUAUAACUCAAGCUCUGUUUGUCGAAUUUCAUUGGCCAAUUUCAAUUUGGAAUGUUAAACUUCCCCAUAAAUUACGUUAUGUAUUCAUUGAUUAAUUCUCCUAGAAUUUUGUCAUGAAGCUCCAAUUGAGCUCAUAUUCUAAAACCUUUGAUGCUAACAUGUACUCAUUGGUUAAUUAUAAUGACUUACUAUCAGUUUUAUUAGCUCUUUUAAAUUUAAUUUGUGUCACCAUAAAUGACACAGCCUAAAUGACAUAUGACAAUGCAUUUAUGCAUUAGUUAGUUCAAAUACAAGGUUCUUAAAGGGAUCCUAUAGUGCCAGGAAAACAAACCCAUUAUCCUAGCACUAUAGGCUCCUGGAGUGCCCUCCUGCCCAACAUCCCACAUCGCUAAAGGGUUUAAAACCCCUUCAGCCACUUACCUGAAUCCAGCGCCGAAGUCCCUUGGCGCCGGGUCAGACUCCGCCCACGCUCCUCCCGUACUGAUGUCAGCCGGUGGGGAUGAGCCUAAUGCGCAUGCAUUUCAAUGCUUUUCUAUGGGGAAAAUGUGACGCUGGAGGUCCGUAAGGACCUCCACCGUCAGAUAACGGGCCAAAAGUCCGUUUGGAUUCCGGAAGCCCUCUAGUUACUGUCUGUUAGACAGCCACUGAGGGCAAACUUAGAGCUGCAAUGUAAACAUUGCAGUUCACUGAAACUGCAAUGUUUUACAUUGCAGCACUAAGUGCAAAAGGUUCACAUCACCCAGACUGCUUCAAUUAGCUGAAGUGGUCUGGGUGCCUAGUGUCCCUUUAAACAUGUACUCAUAACGCAUGAGGAUGUCCACCAUGUUCAAAAUCCACAUAGAAAAGCAUUUAUUCAAUGCUUUCCUAUGGGGUAGGCUUAAUGUGCGUGUCUUGCCGCACAUGUGCAUUUUUUUUUUUUUUUUGGUUUUUAAUCCUGCCACUGGGAGGAAGGGAGAAGGGACAGAGGGACACUAUAGUGUACCUUUUAAGGCUGCUGGACAUUUGCUAGUCAUAUAUAACACAUUUUAAGAGAGUUUGUAGGUACCCAGACCUCUUAAUCUGAUGCCCCUGUCUUUUAUUUUUAUUUUUUUAUUAAAUGUAUUUUAUUUAGUUUUGUAAUAGGGUGCAUCCCUAUCUUUUUAGCCCUGCAAUUGAAAACAUUUAUGUUUUGCAGAAACUAUAAAGCUUUCAUUGCAUGACUAUAGUGGCUGUCAGGAAGGUGCUCGCACAGCUAUAACCAAGUUAGCACAGAGAACAGUGCUCCACGGGAUGUAAGGUAAAUAAAGUUUGACUUUUAAACCCCUGCAAUUGCAGUGGACACCUACAUAGGUAAGGGAAUAAUAUAGCGUUAGUUAUACAUGUUUUGUUUCCUAUCUCUAUAAUGUUUAAAAGUAGUGGGGAAAAAAUCAUAUGUUUUAAUUUAAGAAGUCUUGGGUGCGCACUGGAAAUCCAGAUGAAGAAAUGAUGACAUUUGUUGUAUGUAGUACAUGUGGUGAAAAAUGGUACCACCAUAAAUGGAUGUCUGUGAGCCCGGUCAUAUACGGGUUACUAAAAUUCGGUGCUAUGAUCAACGGAGGAAGGAAGGAUGUUAAAGGAUCACUAUAGGGUCAGGAACACAAACCUGACCCUAUAGUGUUAACACCACCAUCUAGCCCCCCGCCCCUCAUGCCUCCAUAAAUAUAGCAAAAUCUUACUGUAUUCAAGCCAGAAGCUGUAACUCUGCAUGCUGUUUGCCUCAAAAAAAAACAAGCAGUCUGUUGACAUCAUCAGAAGUGGCAGCCCGAUCCAAUCAGAAUGCUUCCCAAAAAGAUUGACUGAGACUGACAAAGAGGCAGAUCAGGGGCAGAGCCAGCAUGAUUCAAACACAGCCCUGGCCAAUCAGCAUCUCCUCAUAGAGAUGAAUUGAAUCAAUUAAUCUGUAUUAAGGAACGUUCAGUGUCUGCAUGCAGAGGGAGGAGACACUGAAUGUUUGGAUGCAUUUUAGGCAGCCAUGACCCAGGAAGGAUCUCUAACAGCUAUCUGGGGAGUGGCCAGUGAAGUUAUCACUAGGCUGUAAUUUAAACACUGCAUUUUCUCUGAAAAAAACAGUGUUUACAGCAAAAAGCCUGAAGGUAAUGAGUCUACUCACCAGAACAAAUUCAAUAAGCUGUAGUUGUUCUGGUGACUAUAGUGUCCCUUUAAAUGUGUGCCUUUCUUAAAAAAAAAUAAAAAAAUAAACUAACAAGAUACCUUUUAUAACCAAGACUAUGAAUAUUACUUUUUAUUCAGGAUACUUUCUUCUCUCACAGUCAAACAUUUAUGUAAAUGUUGAUACUUUUAUCUACUUUUGGCCCUUUUAAAGUCUGGAACAAAUGUACUAUAGCAGGGGUGCCCAAAAGGUAUAUCCCCAGAUGUUUUUAAACUACAGCUUCCAUGAUGCUUUUCCAUUCUAAAUGCAUUCCAGAAGCAUGCAACGCAUCAUGGGAGUUGUAGUUUUACAACAUCUGGGAUCUACCUUUUGGACACCCCUGUACUAUAUGGUUUAUUAACAUUUGCAAAGUUAGUGAUUUCAUCACACUUCAUUUUUUUUAUGUUUCCAUUGGCAGGAAUUCUAGAAAAUUAAUAUGGAGUUAACAUGCAGAGCUUUACAAGUGGAGAAUCUUCUGCUUGAACGAAAGUAUGAGGACAUUGCAUUUCACCUUACUGAUUUUGAAACUUAUGAUGUCACUUUAGAAAUUCUACAACAAACAGACAUUGUCAGCGUUAUCUAUAGAGUUCUUAAGAGCUGCCCACAAGGAGACCUGAGAAAGAGAACAAAGUGCCUACUAUCUAAAUGGAAAACAUUGUAUAAAAAAGGCUGUGUUAAAACCAGUACCUUAAACAAUGAGCGUCCUAUGUGUAAAGACAAUAGAAUUUCUGAAAAAGUUGCCGUAAGCUGUAGAGACCCACUUCAGCAGAAUGAUCAAAGAAUACUUGAUGUUGGAAUUCCAAGUAUUUCACUGUCUUCUAAUGAAGAGUACUUGAAUAAGGAGUCUAGUACACAUGAACUUUGCAGUAGUCAGCCCAAAUUUGCUGUGAAUCUCUGUCAAGAGAAAAUAGCUGUUGAAGAUAGUGCUCUAAGGACUACAUCUACAGCUCUUCUGUGCCGAGCCCUAACAGAAAAUAUAGAGUACCAAGAGAAAGCACAGCACUUGGCAGAGGAGAUAGAGAAAUACAUAUUUUCUCUUCAUUCUGGGCAUGACAAAAAAUAUAGAAACUGCAUCAGAAGUAAAGUAUCUAAUUUAAAGAAUCCCCAAAAUAAGCAUCUUAGAAGCCAACUUUUCUCAGGAGAUUUAAGUCCAAUGAGAUUUGCUCAGAUGAGUUCAAUGGAAAUGGCUAGUCAAGAGCUUAGGAAACUUCGAGCUAGCUACACAGAGGCAGGCAUACAGGAACACCAGCUUCCUCAGAGUGUUGAUGGAGUCCAGACUAAUAAAAUUAAAUGUCAGAAGUGUGAGAAUUUUAACUGCACAGUAACUAUGAUUUCCAGAGGGACUUUGUUUCUACCUGGUUGGGUGCGCACUGGAAAUCCAGAUGAAGAAAUGAUGACAUUUGUUGUAUGUAGUAUAUGUGGUGAAAAAUGGUACCACGAUAAAUGGAUUUGUUUGUGAGUCCGGUCAUAUACAGGUUACUAAAACUCGGUGCUAUGAUCAACGGAGGAGGGAAGGAUGUUAAAAAAAUAAACUAACAAGAUACCUUUUAUAACCAAG